AUGGCUCCAAGUUGGAGUGUUUCGAGCUUGGGUAAGAAGAAAGUGUUGUUCAUAAUGGGAACAACAGGAUCUGGAAAAUCGAAACUUUCCAUCAACUUGGGGACCCAAUUCCCCUGUGAAAUAAUUAAUUCAGAUAAGAUCCAAGUGUAUAGAGGGCUGGACAUUGUGACGAACAAGAUGGCACCUUCCCAACAAGGUGACAUACCCCAUCACUUGCUAAGCAUAAUUGAUGAUCCUGACUAUGAUUUCACGGCUAAUGAAUUUUGCAAACAUGUUCAUGAUGCCCUUGAACUCAUAACCGAAAAAGGGAACAUACCCAUCAUUGUUGGAGGCUCAAACUCUUACAUUGAGGCAUUAGUGAAUGAUCCCAAGGGUGAGUUUCAAUCCAAAUAUGAUUGUUGCUUCAUUUGGCUUGAUGUGUCUCUCCCUGUUCUGUAUGAUUACUUGGACAUUAGGGUUGAUGAGAUGGUUGAUGCUGGUGUUGUUGAUGAGAUUCGUCGUGAGGCUUUUGAUCCCAAGAAUGCUGAUUAUUCUCGUGGGGUUAGAAGAGCCAUUGGAGUCCCUGAACUUCAUUACUAUUUUCACAUCCUUCAGAAUGAUUCAAGUGAUGUUGAUGAGGCUUAUAAGACUCGGGUCUUCCUUCAUGCAAUUGAUACCAUGAAGAUCAACACUCAUAAGUUGGCUAAGAAUCAAGUCACCAAGAUCAAAAGGAUGGUCAAUGAACUUGGUUGGAAGAUGACCAGAAUUGACUCUACACAAGUUUUUGAGGCUGUUUUAAGAGGAGAAGAUUACAACCAUCUUUAUCAAGAGAUUGUGCUCAAACCAAGUGUGGAGGUAGUUCGGAGGUUCCUAGAAUAUUGA